GGCGCAUGGAGGUUAGACUCCUCCUCUAGUGCACGUGUGUUGUAGCAUGGACAGCCAUCUGCUUCUGUGACUGUCACGGCUCGGUGUCUUUCCGUUAUUAGGAGACUGAAACAAUGGCUGGCGUUUACUCUGGUAUCCACUUGAAGAUGAAAGGCUCAAAGAUUUCUUGGGGACAUAAACUAAAACUAGCUCAUUUUGCUUGGAUUUCCCAUCAGUGUUUGAUUCCUAACAAGGAACAGUUCUUACUUGACUGGGUGAGCCAAGCUUUGGUUGGAUUUCAUACAAAGAAGCAAAGCCUAGAAGAGGAUGUCGAGCAGAAACUAUGGAUCUUCUUGGACAAAAUUUUACAUAGCAGUAGGUUACAAAGUCUUAUGGAAGAGGGCAAAUCUCUAAAGCUUCGCUUUGCCAUUGCUCAGGUAAUGAAUGAUAUUAUUGCAGUUGCACCUACGCAGUCAAGUCCUUCAAGUUAUAUUGGAACAGUAUUAAGCUGUUGUCAAGGUGUCCUCUCCACUCCAUGUUUUGGAAUGCUCUACAGAGCCAAAUGUGAACUGUUGGUAGAACUUUUAAGUAAGCUAUGCUUAUUAGCUUGUCACUGUGUGCAUUCACAGCAUGCCAUCAUGCAUCAAGUUUUAAAUGUACUUAAUAAAGGUCUUAAACGGUAUACAGUUCUACAGAGGCAGCAGAACAACAGCAGCAGACUUUUCACACAUGUGCUCUCACAACUUUUUGAACCAUUUUUGGUUUUACAGAAUGCCUUAAAUAUCCAUGUCUUUGAUAAGGAUGCUAACCAUGGAAUCCACCAGCUCAUCAAAGACAUUGGGAGUAAUAUGGAGAUUGUUCUCCAUACUGGCCUUUUCCAGGCUGAACUGUUUAGUUUUUAUAAAGAAGAGCUCGUUCCUCAGUUGGAGAAAUCUGAGAAGAAAAAGGGGUCAUUCAAAGAUUUCAUGACUCCGGUUUUGUCUAUGUUGGCAAAACUGGAGAAAAUUGAAUUUUGUGAGAAAAAUAUGCAGCUUUCCUUUUUGUCUAAUUCUGUUUCCCUUCUAUAUAAACUGUUUUUAGACUCUUACUGCAGAGAAGGAAAUGAAAUAAUUUGCUUUCAAAUGCUUGUCAAAUUGUUCAGAUGCCUUUGUGCACCUUUUGCAGAAAAGCAGGAUGAUGUAAGAGAAUCUUUUCCAGCAUGGCCAGGUGGGAUAACCGCACUAGAAAGCAUGCUAAACCUUGUUCUUAGUCAUAAUAUAUAUAAUAUUGCAGAGGAUAACAUAGGAAAGGGUAGUCAGUACAAGUUCUACCGAAGUUUAACAGAAAUACUAGUGAGUAAUACUAGCAAACCCUCGCCACCUUGGUUCAAGUGCUUGCAAACUUUGAACUUGUUAAAUCAUCGCAUUUUGGAGCCAGACCUUGCUGACAUAAUGCAUGCAUGCUUUGAUGCAGACGUAUCUGAUAUACAUGUCAGGAAAGCACAGGAAUCCUUUGUUAUUAGCCUUCUGAAGACCUAUGCAAAACUUCGACAGGUUCCAAAACUGUUUGCAAAAAUACUUACAGUCAUCUGUCAGCUAUCAACAGAAAAAUUAAAGAACCCAAUUCUAUUGUCAGGAUUGACCAAAGUGCUUGUAGAGUUUCUUGUGCAACUUCCACCUAAUCAGAUGUUGGAUAUGUGGGCUAUGAUUUUGGAAAACUGUCAGCUUCACCAUAUUGAAGAUGAUCAAAGUCUCAGCUUACAACUGGAACACCUUUGUUCGCUCUUGCAUUGCUUGAUGAUGAACAUGAAGAGCUUAGACAGUAAUACUCCAGUGCUGGUUAUCCACCGAUAUCAGGAUCUAAUGAAACAAAUAACUGAAGAGCUGAUAUUGCCUUCCCUAACCAUUUUGAAGGAAUGUGAUGUGGAAGCAGAUGAUACAUUGUUGCUUGAAAAGCUAUGUGAAGUUGUCCUUAUGCUUCUUUAUACAUGGAUAGAAGUAGAUACUGUGUCUGCAUUAAAUUGUGACAAAUAUACCUCACAAAUGUGUAAACUGGUUCUUCCCUUGGACUUGCCUUUGGAGUGUUGGAACUUUUCCAUAUUUUUUGAAGAUAAGGAAUGUUGGCAUAAGAUUCAUAGGCUUUGUAAGCAAUCCAGUCUAAUCAGCUUGUUCUACUCUGGACUUCUAUCCAUUCAGAAAAUAAAGCUCAUCCUUUUGCACAUGCAUAUGCCAACUGAAUAUGAAAUCCUCACUCUUCAAGCAUCUGCAUCUUUUUUUGUUGAUUCUAGCAUAAUUCUCAUGAACCCCAAAGGCCAAGAACCAGUUACUGGCAAUGUUAUUGCAGUUCCUAAUGCAGUUAAUGUGAAUUGCCUUCCUGUUACUCAGUGGCACUUUUUUGUUUCAAAUAUUGUGAUUCUUCUUCCAUAUAUAUCCCUCACUGAUAUGUACAAUAUUGCUGACUUUCUCUUGGAAACCCACCUGUCUGCUAAGAACCAAAGCAAGCAAGUUGACGGUGAUGUUACAAUUGCUUUUAAAGAGGUUUCAAAAAGUUUACUCCAGGGUGAUUCUUUUUCAGAAAUGGGCAUCUUGCAGUGCAUUUUUAUAACCAGCAUCUUAAAAAAAGGCAUCAUGCUGGUUAGAGAGCAAACUGGAAUACAUGAAAUAUUGUCUCUUCUUUCCUUGAAAGACACAGAUUGGCAUGAGUAUACCUUUUCUGUGUAUAACAAAGGAAACACAAUUGUAAAUCCAAGAGUGAUUGACAGUUGUGAUGAUUCAGUGUUUGUGACCAAUAUGAAGAAUGUGCUGCAACUUAUUUCCUCUGUACCAAAGAUGAAUGAAUCUGUCAGUUUUACUGACACAGACUUAAUAAUGAAGCUGAUAGAAUUAAUUUGUGAUUUAAAACCUGACAGCCUGUCCCCUCCAGACCUAUGUCGAUGUUUUCUCUUCUUGUUAUCUUUAGCUAAUUCAAGCUCCUUGAAGAGCCUUCAUGUUGCAAGUGAGUGCUAUAAGGGUUUAACAUGUCUGCUUAGUAGUACUCAUGCAAAUUAUUUAUUUAAGAUUGCAUAUGCUAGUGACCUUCUAAAAGUUGUGUUAACCUGCAUCCAGUCAGCUAAUUGGACGGUUACUGAAACCAAUGAACCCUACUGGCAAAACUUUCUUGACAUUAUGAAUUCCUUUUUUGACACAUUUUUAUCUCUGGUGAUCAAACGAAAACAAAGUAUUCUUGUUAAUCUAGAAACAUUCACAGCCUUUUUGCUUAAUUCUGUUUCCAACAUGGAAAAAACAUUCUGGAGUACUCUUAAGGGUCAGUUGCAUAUUGUGAUACUGAAAAACUUGUGUCAUCAUUUUAUAGUUACUAUCCAGGAACAGAGUUCUAACGAAGAACAUACUGAACGUUUAAGUUCUCUAUUGAAACAAAUUGCUGGAAAGCUGAAGACUGUUAUUCAGCAAUGCUUAGAGCUCGCUGCCGCUAGUCCACUUUUACCCUUCAUCCUAGUAACGUCUACGACUACUCUUCUUCAAGCAGAACUUGCUGAUGGCAACCUUCAUAGUUCUGAACUAUACAGACUGUUUUGCUCACAGAUUCUGAAGGAGCUUUGUUAUGCGAAGGAACAAAAUGCAUUUUUGAAGUCUGCACUGCAUUAUUUGACUGUGUGUAUUCCAGUGAAAGAGGUUUAUCCUAAACCAGAAGGUCUGGCCAUCUCUGUAUUUACUGCAGUGGGAAAUCUCCUUGCUAGUCCCUGGUUCAAUAGUCAGAUACUCCAGAAUGCUGAAGUAGAGCUGCAACAGUUAUUAAAUGGAGUGACAGAAAAUUGUACCUGUGAAGAGUUUCACACAUUAUUGACAUUCGUUUUUAACAAACUUGAAGUCUGCAACUUGUGGAGAAAGCGUUAUAAGGUCCUUUUUGCUGGAAUCACAAUGACUAGACUCCUACUUAAGUGUUCUUUAGAAGAAGAUAAAAGAACAUUAUUCUGGUCUGCAGCAUCUCAGAUUAUAGCAUCACUAGUGGCCCUAAGCAUCGAAGCUUGUAAAGAACAUACGCUAAUUUCCACUGUUGUUGUCCCUGUGCUUCACACUAUGGCUUUGUUUUUACGACAAGGAGAGCAUUUUUUAAUCAAUCCCCAUCAUGUUACGCUCUCAUUAAGCACACUCCUAACGGUGCCACUUGAAAAUGUGAAAACUGAAGACUUCUAUACAGUAUUCUUGGCAAUACAUGAAGUGCUAUUUUCUGUAUUACAGUGUCAUCCAAAGGUAAUGUUGAAAUCAGUUCCCACAUUCUUGAGCUGUUUUCAUAGAUUGGUUGCAUCUGUCUUGCAUGAGGGACAACAAAAAGGAGACAAAGGUAUUAUUAAUAUUCAAAAAUGUGCCAAGCUGGUAGAAAGAAAGUAUACUUUCAUUGCGGCAAAGACUGAGGAAUUCACUGUGUUUUCUACUUUCAUUGUUUCACAGUAUAUACAUGAACUGCAGAAGGUGACGCUUCAGCCUGAAGUAAAAAAGUAUUUGACAGAAGGGAUCUUUCAUAUCUUAGAUAUAUGUAUUGAUCGUGAUAUUAAAUUCUUAAAUACAUCCUUCCAGAUUGGAGCACGAGAAAUGUUUAAAGAAAUAUAUUGCGAAUAUUCUUCCCACUACAGAACAAGGAAUCAAAAAGAAGAGAAAUAUACAGUAUAAUGGUGGCUCUAUGGUUAGCAUGGAGUAUUUGCAGCAUUUGGGUGCUGAAUUCAAAUCCAGGCAUGGGCAACAUCUGCCAAUAUUUCUGUGGGUACACCACUUAUUGACUUAUUGUGUGUGAGAUGGGGACAUUGGGGGAGAUUUAUCAAACUGGUUACAGUUUCCACCUUUCAUUUUUCACAGCCCCUUUGGAAUUUGAAGGUGGGAUCUGAUUGGUUGCUAUGGGCAACUAAGUCAGUUCUAUUUUAUACCAGUUUGAUAAAUAUCCUCAGUUAUGUCAUAAUGGGGGAGAUUUGAGGAUCUGGAAUGAUGUGAACGGUAUCAAUUUCUGUAUUGUGCUGCAGAAUAAACUGAAUUCUUGUUUACAUACAAGGAAUAUCUUGUAUAACCUUGUUGCUGGGUUAAAAGGCAUUUUCAGAGUUUAUGAAAAUAAAAAUAUAUAUU